AUGGUGACUCCAUCACCUACUGCCACUCCAGAGCCUGUCAAGACGAUUCCCUUCCCUAUCGGCAAGAUCGAGACCCCCAAGUUCGAAAACAAGUUCCAGGGCUCCGACAAGCCAUACCACUUUUUGUUGGUGGACGACAACGCCAUCAACCUUAGAAUUUUCGCCAGAGUGUUGAGAAAGCUUUUCCCUAGAGCCCUCGUCAGAUGUGUCCAGGACUCCCUGGCGCUUGAGCUCACCGAGGAGCUGUUUUCCCGUUUCGACUGUGUCUUUUUGGACAUCGACAUGCCCUUGGUCACCGGCAUCGACAUUGCAACCACCCUCAGAGGUUUCCCAACUCUUGACCAUGUUGGACUCAUUGCUGUGACCACCAGAGCGCUUCUUUCCGACAUGGAGCUCUACGACAGCAUUGGCUUUGACCACACCUUCCCCAAGCCUUUGAAUGUCAGCUACAGCGACAUUCUCGCCAAGAUCGAGCAGGUUGUGAGUGUUAGAGGCGCCCUCAGGGAGGGCAGACGCUCGAGCCGCUGA